AUAAACAACUUAGUUUCAAGGUUUAAUCUGUUACUAAAAUUAGUUUUACUGUUUGAAGUUUUAAAUGUCCAAAUGAAAUGUUUAAAGUGCUAAUUUUAACCAAAUUCAUGGUUUAAAAUGUUAUGUUCCCUUCUUCAUCUAUACUAAUUUUCCAAACUUUGUAUAUGAUCCAAAAACUCAUUGCUUUAAAGUUACAAAAGGUCAUUGCUUUGUAUUUUUUUCAUGCAUUUGAAUAAAUAACCUUUAUCAAAAAGAUGGUACAUAAAAGUAUUUUAUAACUUUUACUAGACAUGCUUUGGUAUGAAGAUACAAUUAUACAAUUGCAAUUUGUUCAAUAAAACCCGGGCCAUAUCUGAAACCCGUCAACACCUGAAAGUCCCACAUGCACAAUUAUGAGAAUUUGAUUCUGUAAGUUAAUACUAGGCGACACCAUUAGACAGUAUAUAACUGAUUAAGCAUAAUAAUCCGGAUUAACGAGGUGUAGCUCCAUUUUUCAAAAGAUUACGAGACUUUUCUUCAUGGGAAACUGCAUAUAUUUCAGAUUACUAAGUAUAUUUACAAAUGUGAAAUGUGAGCCAGAGUGGAGACACGUGCAUUCGUUCAAACGUGCGCCUUACGUAAAGAUAGGUCAUAGGUUGGUGCUUGGGGACUUGAUCUACGGCAUGAUUAACCCGGUCUCUUAGCCGGAUUUCUUAACUCAUGAUUUGAUAUUUUUUUGUUUUUCUUUUUACACUUUUCGACUAAAAGACAACUCUUAUAUUUCUUAUUUAAGAGACGGUUCUUAACUUUUCUUAGUUCAAAUCUAAAAAAAAUUAAGAGAUAUCUCUUAUCCGAAAUUAAGAACUCCAAUUAAGAGAUUGGAGUUAAUGAUGGUCUUCUCUCACGCUCACACAAAUCACUUUAGUCCCGUACAAACAAAAAGCAUAUUUUGUUAGCUUACCAUAUCUUCCGUAUCAUUUCACACGUUUUCCUAAAAUGUAUUCCCUCAGCUUCCUCCAUUCAUAAAAUAGGAUUUUUAGAUUUUUAUUUUGUUUCAAUUUUAUUUACAUUUUUGUAUAUAUUUUUAAGAACAUUAAUUGAAAAUAUUUAAAUUAAUUGAAUACUAUUGGUUAAUAUUUAUUAAAAACACAUGAUAAAAAAACUAAUUAUAAAUAUUUAUUAUAUUUUUAAUAUGUGUGAAUAAUAUAUAAAAAAAUUAGUUGAGAAGAAGGCAAAGAGUAACUAACUUUUAGUAUAAUCUAGUUACACAAAUAAAAUAGUGUUUCCGGCUUCAGCCUUUUUAUCGUUGAAAUAUUUUAAUAAACAUUGAACGUUCUUCACAAGCUAUGUGAUUGUACAUAUUUAUUUAUAUGAUUUUGUCUGAAAAUUAAGAUUUGAAUAUACAUAACUAUUAUUUUUCUAACGAUUCAUUAGUAAGAGCUUAUUAGUCGACAUGUGGUCAGUGUCAUGUGUUAAAGUUGAGAGAUUCAAAAUUUUAAAAUAAUAGUUAAUAAUCACUAUAUAAGAAGGCCAAGCCAUGUUUGGAUAUUGCCAUUGACGUGACUCAAAUCAGAGAGUUACGGCACAGCCAAAUAUCAAAUUGGCUGAAAACGCCAUACAAAUAGAAGGUUUGUUUGUUUUUUUACUCACAUAAAUUAGCACUAUAUCAAUAUUUAUGGCAUUCCCUAUUAUGCUGAGCGGUUUCACUAACUACCAACUUGUACGUACAACUCAAUAAUAUUGUGAGCCGAGUGUGCAACUUUUUGGUUUCAGGUGAGCUAAGCUAAGAGAACCAAAUAUGAGUUUGUGCUCUGAUCUCUGCGACAAAUUAGACGAGAAUGUUUUGGAAGAGUUGGCGUCCAAUGUGAAGCAAGUACAAGACAAUGUAUUGGAGGAGAUACUCACACUUAAUGCUGGAACUGAGUAUCUUAGGCGUUUUCUCCAUGGGAGUUCUGAUAAGGAGCUUUUUAAAAAAAACGUUCCCGUGACGACAUACGAAGAUGUAAAGCUUUAUAUCGACCGUGUUGCAAAUGGAGAGCCCUUUGAUGUUAUUUCUGGGAAACCCAUUACCGGUUUCCUACUAAGUUCCGGAACUUCUGGAGGAAAACGGAAGAUGUUUCCUCGUAACAACAAAUACUUGGAAAACUUGAAAUUCAUCUAUUUUUACCGCUCGCUCGUUAUAACCAAGCAUAUCGAUGGUCUUGAGCAUGGAAAGGGAAUGGUGUUUAACUUUUGUACACCAGAGCAGAAUACUCCCUCUGGUUUGCCAGCUUCGUCUGCGACGACGAGCUUCUUCAAGAGUGAUUACUUCAAGAACCGACCAUCAUAUUGGCAUUGGUCAUUCACAAGUCCUGACGAAGUCAUAUUGUGUUCAGACAACAAACAGAGUUUGUAUUGUCAUCUCCUGUGUGGUAUAGUUCAAAGAGACGAGGUUGUGAAGGUUGGUGCCGCCUUUGUUUCUAUCUUGGUCCGUGCAAUUACUUUUCUUGAAAAAUUUUGGAAAGAAAUUUGCACUAAUAUCCGUUGUGGUCAUCUUAGCGAAUGGAUCACUGAUAUUAGCUGUAGGGAUUCUGUAUCAAAGAUCCUUGGAGAACCUAAUCCUGAAUUGGCUGAUCUCAUCGAAAAUGAAUGCAACCAAAAAUCAUGGGAAGGUAUAAUUCCAAGACUUUGGCCUAAAACCAAAUUCAUCGAAAGCAUUGCGACAGGCCAAAUGGCUCAGCACAUCCCAACAUUAAAGUUUUACUCUAACAAUCUGCCUUUGAUUUCUUCAAGUUAUGUUUCUUCGGAAACUAUGUUUGGGAUUAACAUGAAUCCUUUGUGCAAACCACAAGACGUGUCAUACACAUUUAUGCCUAACUUCUCAUAUUUCGAGUUCUUACUUGUUGACGCGGGUGACAAAGUAGAAAUUGUUGAUCUUGUGGAUGUCAAGUUAGGGAGCCAUUACGAGCCGUUGGUCACAAAUCAUUCUGGCCUACACAGACAUAAGAUGGGUGAUGUUUUACAAGUGACUGGAUUUUACAAUAGUGCACCUCAGUUUAGGUUUGUGCGGAGAGGAAAUUUGGUUCUGAGCGUUCAUUUGGAGAUAACUACAGAUGAAGAUCUUUUAAAUGCGGUGACACAUGCAAAGAUGGUUCUUGAAUCAUCAAAUUUGAUGUUGAUUGACUUUACAAGCUAUGCUGAUGUAUCUACUACUCCCGGUCAUUAUGUUCUGUACUGGGAACUCAAAGGAAAAUACAACAAUGACAUUGCUGAAAUUGAUAACAAGGUUUUAGUAGAAUGUUGUUACGUGGUGGAAGAGUCCUUGAACAAUUUUUACAAAGAAUUUAGGAGCAAAGACGGAUCAAUUGGAGCUCUAGAGAUAAGGGUGGUGCAACAAGGAACUUUCGAUUCUCUUAUGGAGUUUUUCAUUACCCAAGGUGCUUCUUCAACUCAAUACAAGACACCCAUUUGCAUCAAAUCUUCCGAGGCAUUAGCGAUCUUAGAAGAAAAAGUUCGAUCUAGGUUCUUUACCGAUAAGGUUCCCUUUCUUUAGACUUUUCGUCAUGAUUUUUAUCAUUUUGCAUGCGUUGAAAUAAAGUUUGUGGAAAAUACCAUGAGAGGAGACAAAACUCAUGCUUUUCAAUCUUAUUUUGAAGUAUACUUUUCAUAUAACUAGUAUUUUAUUAAUAAAACCCGAUCACAAUGACUGAUGUCAUAUAGUUUUUCAUAGAGAUUACACAAAGUGCAAAACUUUAAGAAACACAAAAGAGAAAAAGAUAUAAAAUGUAGCGCUUUGAUAUAUAUUCCAUUUUGAAAGAUUAAAUUUGCCACACACACACUUCUGUUAUUGAGCAUGAAGAAAAUGGAGUGAGUGAGUGAGUGAAAACAAUAUCGAAAAUAUCCUGACAUCACACGAGAUGUUGAAAUAGAAUGCGUGUGCUCAUCAUGUUUCAAUGUAUUUUCAAGAAUUUACUUAAGACAACCAAAAAUCACCUAGACAUAUAAUUUAAGAAAUAAUUUUUCAAAUUUUGCUUGUCAUCUCUACAAUCACCGUCACUAAGGCUAUGUACAAUAGUUGUAUAAAUUCAACAUUCUAAUUUACAUUUUUUCACAAUCCACAUCAUCUUCUCUUUCUUCCACCUAUUAAUUCAACACAUAUACAAAUUUUGUCUCUACAAUGGUUUUGUUUAAGAAAAUUCAACACUACAACCUAUAUUCUUAUUUAUGUAACUUAAUAGCUAUAUAUUAAUUCAAAAUGGACUGUAAUUAAAGUAAAUAUUUUAAAAUGACAUAGUUUUAAUAAUUUUUAUUUUAUAUUUUUAUUCUUUACUAUUUUCAGAAAAUAAUAUUUACAUAAUAUUUUUUAAACAAAUAUGAAAUGACAUAAUUAAGUUCAUAAUUAAUAUUAGUAAAAUAGAAAUUAUAGGAAAAAAUUGACAUUUUUAAUAUUCUAUAUCCAAAUGAAAUGAAACUAGUAUUUAUUUAUAGAUCAUUAAAAAUACUAAGUGUUAGUAUCAUUUUUAUUUUAAAUUAUUUUAUUAUAAAUCAAUUAAGUUUAAAUUAUUGGGUGAAAAUAAAGAGGAACAAAAACUAGAUAACCAAUGAUAAUAUUAUUUUUAUGUUUUAAAAUACUUAUGAGUGGAUAAGACGUAAUAUGUGAUAUAUAAAUAAAUAUAUAUUUUUGGGUUGCUAUAACAUGAUUUUUCUUUGGGAAACUGCCAUAAAUACAAUAUUCAUAGUAUUACUUUUCAUAUUUACAUUAACCACUUUUAUCCUUACUUUUAACGAAGGAUAAAAUAUAUUUAUAUCUAUAGGAUUAACUAAUAUAGACUUAUGGUUUAGAGUUGAGG